AUGUGCUACACCGUGCGAGGCUUGGAACUUUGCAGGGUAACCGUUUUGGGUUUUGAUGGUGCCACGGUGUACGAUUAUUUUGUGCAACCGGAGGAAGAAGUUGUGGACUACAAUACUAGAUUUUCCGGAGUGACCGAAAGUGAUGUGUAUGGCCCAAAGUCGAAAACUUUCCAACAGGUGCAGAGUCAUUUAUUGGACUUCAUUGACGAGGACACCAUUCUGAUAGGACACGCGUUGGACAAUGAUUUGCGAGUGUUGAAACUGGUCCAUUCUAAAAUUGUGGACACGUCUCUGGUUUUCCCUCACGAGCGUGGUUUUCCCUUCAGGAACUCGUUAAAGCAGUUGAUGUCAGUUCAUCGGAACAAAGCAAUUCAGACAUCCGAUAAUGGACAUAGUCCAUAUGAGGAUGCUCUGAGUUGCUUGGAGCUGAUAAUGGUUAAAAUAAAACUGCACUACGCUCAGAGACGUCUCACAAUUUGA